AUGGCUGCGGCGGCGGCGGCGGCGGCGCGGUGGCUGGGGCCGCGGGCGGCGGCGUGGCUGCGCGGGGCGCGGUGUUCGGGCUGCGGGGUCCCCGGCCCCGCCCCGCGCGCCGGCUUCGCGGUUCCUCCCCGCGCGGGUGUGGCCCAGACGCCCAGCAGGUGUGGCAGUUCAGCCGCAGAGGCACCUGCCGCAAAAACAGAAGAUGAUUCCUUUCUCCAGUGGUUUCUGCUUCUCAUUCCUGCAACCGCCUUUGGCCUGGGAACUUGGCAGGUCCAGCGUCGGAAGUGGAAGCUGAAACUGAUUGAGGAAUUAGAGGCUCGAGUCAUGGCGGAGCCCAUCCCUCUGCCAGCAGACCCAGUGGAACUGAAAAGUCUGGAGUAUAGGCCAGUGAGGGUCAGGGGACACUUUGACCACUCCAAGGAGUUGUACAUGAUGCCACGAACCAUGGUGGACCCUGCUCGUGAGGCUCAAGAGGCUGGCCGGCUCUCCUCAUCAGCUGAGAGUGGGGCCCAUGUGGUCACCCCCUUCCACUGCACGGACCUGGGAGUUACCAUUCUGGUAAACCGAGGGUUUGUUCCCAGGAAGAAAGUAGAUCCAGAGACCCGCCAGAAAGGCCAGACUGCAGAAGAAGUGGACCUAGUUGGGAUAGUAAGGCUGACAGAAACCAGGAAGCCCUUUGUUCCUGAGAACAAUCCAGAAAGGAACCGCUGGCAUUAUCGAGACCUGGACGCCAUGGCCAAGAUAACUGGCGCUGAGCCUGUGUUCAUAGAUGCUGACUUCAAGAGCACAGUCCCUGGAGGCCCUGUCGGAGGACAGACAAGGGUCACCUUGCGGAACGAGCACAUGCAGUACAUCCUCACCUGGUACGGACUGUGUGCGGCCACGUCAUACCUGUGGGUCAAAAAGUUCCUACGCCGGACUCCUGCCAUUUGAAGUUGAUGCAAACUUGUCCUCAAGUUUCCCAGGGAUCCCUCAGGGACUGUGACCAAGUAUGCCUCCAAAGCGAGGCCACUCCACCCACACUGGCAUAAAUAAAGCUCCUGGGCU